ACGACAACAGCUAGCUGAAAGCUGUUUCCUCUGUUGUUCGUUGCUCCCUAUCGGAACUGAUAGGUGUGACCGUGGAAUGAGGAAAAUUUGUAGCAACUGUGUCAGAGAAGUACUUUACGGCAUGAUUUAGUGUCCUCCCGGGCUUCAAACUACACAUUCCCUGGAAAGAUAUUCUUCAUUUCGCCCCCUCUUGUCGUCUCUGGAACAAGUGUUUCUCGCAACAGACGGUUCUGUUGCACCAGUUUCGCCGAAAAAGAUUUCCACAUUUCCGCCAAAAUCCGACUAUUAGAUGUGACCACGAGGUUGAUCAGGAGAAGUCACCAUGUCUUAAACACAGACGGGCCCUCCGGAGCCCAGUCCCCUCACCCUGGACCCCCUACACCAUCCCCCAUUCACCAUCUCACCCCUUCCCCCAGCCCCAUACCGCUGCCAGAUUUCCCUGCUCAUGUGAGAGACAGGCUACCGAGCUCUGGCUCGCCAUUGGCACACCACUCCACUGCUGAUGGAGAGAUGAGCCUGCGUAAGCACCAGCAGUUGGGCAGUAGUAGUGGUGGGGGAAUGGGCUCCGACCGUGACCUGCAGUCCACUGCGUCCUCGAUCUCCCUACCUUCUGUGAAGAAGGCACCCAAAAAGAGACGCCUCUCUUUGGCCUCUCUUUUUCGACGACGGGGUAGGGAGUCAAAAUCAGGGCGCCAGAGAUCUCGAGAACUGCAGCACCCAGGGCACGGAGGGCUUGCUGGGGUGGAUGGUAUUGCGAGCAUUGAAAGUAUCCACUCUGAGAUGUGUCAUGAGAAGAAUUCUUCCAUCUCCCCUGGAGCUGGGACCCCCUUUGCUACUGCUGCCUCCACCUCAACUGCCUUGGGCCCAUCUUCUUCCUUGUCCUCGUUCUCCUCUAAGCUGGGAGGUGGAGCAGGACCAGAGCUACUGGAAUGCCCACUGUGCCUUUUGCGCCACUCUAAGGAUAAUUUCCCCGACAUUAUGACCUGCCACCACCGAUCCUGCAUCGAUUGCCUGCGACAGUACCUGCGCAUAGAGAUCUCAGAAUCACGCGUCAACAUAAGUUGUCCGGAGUGUUCAGAGCGCUUCAACCCACAUGAUAUUCGCAUGAUACUGGGUGACCGGGUGCUCAUGGAGAAAUAUGAAGAGUUCAUGCUCAGGAGGUGGUUGGUGGCGGACCCUGACUGCCGGUGGUGUCCUGCACCGGACUGCGGGUAUGCCGUGAUUGCCUUUGGCUGUGCCAGCUGUCCCAAGAUUACAUGCGGGAGAGAGGGCUGCGGCACCGAGUUUUGCUAUCACUGUAAGCAGCUAUGGCAUCCCAACCAGACCUGCGACGCUGCGCGGCAGCAGAGAGCCCAGAGUCUUCGACUGCGGACUGUCCGUUCUUCGUCCCUCAGCUACAGCCAAGAGAGUGGAGCUGCAGCUGAUGACAUCAAACCCUGUCCACGCUGUGCGGCUUACAUCAUUAAAAUGAAUGAUGGGAGCUGUAAUCACAUGACCUGUGCUGUCUGUGGCUGUGAGUUCUGUUGGCUCUGCAUGAAGGAGAUCUCAGACUUGCACUACCUAAGUCCAUCGGGCUGUACAUUUUGGGGAAAGAAGCCGUGGAGUCGGAAGAAGAAGAUUCUGUGGCAACUGGGAACUCUUGUGGGAGCCCCAGUUGGUAUUGCACUCAUUGCAGGCAUCGCCAUUCCGGCCAUGAUCAUUGGCAUACCCGUGUAUGUGGGGAGAAAGAUCCAUAACCGCUAUGAGGGCAAAGAUAUCUCGAACCACAAAAGAAACCUGGUGAUUGCUGGUGGCGUGACACUGUCAGUCAUCGUGUCUCCAGUGGUUGCUGCCGUCACAGUCGGCAUCGGGGUCCCCAUCAUGUUGGCCUACGUCUAUGGCGUGGUACCCAUCUCGUUGUGCCGUAGCGGAGGCUGUGGGGUCUCAGCAGGAAAUGGCAAAGGCGUCAGGAUAGAGUUCGAUGAUGAGAACGACAUGAACGUUGGUAGUGGGGCUGCUGCCACAGAUACCACAUCGGUGGCAGAUACAAGGAACAACCCAAGUAUAGGGGAAGGCAGUGUCGGGGGACUGACUGGCAGCCUGAGUGCCAGCGGCAGCCAAAUGGACCGACUGGGAGCCAUCAGGGACAACCUGAGCGAGACCGCCUCAACCAUGGCCUUGGCCGGAGCCAGUAUCACCGGCAGCCUGUCCGGCAGCGCCAUGGUCAAUUACCUAAGCAGGAUGGAAGUGCAGGCGGACGUGCAGAAGGACCGCUGCAGCCUGAGUGGGGAGUCCGGCACCGUCAGCCUCGGUACAAUCAGUGACAACGCUAGCACCAAAGCAAUGGCUGGUUCCAUUCUUAACGCGCACAUGCCUUCAGACAGAGAUGGCAACAGUGUGGAGGUCCAGGUUGACAUCGAAUCCAAACCCUGUAAACUGCGGCAUCACAGCGGCAGCAGCAGCGUUGAUGACAGCGGCGGCCAUGCGGGACGCUGUGGCUGGACUUGCUCCGCCAAUGGCUGCGCCUCCUCUGAGGGAAAAGGAGCGUCCGCCAAGUGGGCCAAAGAGGCCUCCUGCUCCUCCUCCUCCAGCUCAGGAGGGAAGAAGAGCAAAGGAAAACUUCGCAAGAAGGGCAGUGCCGGCACCAAGAUCAAUGAGACCCGCGAGGACAUGGACGCCCAGCUGUUGGAGCAGCGCAGCACCAACUCCUCUGAGUUCGACUCUCCGUCUCUGAGCGGCAGCCUGCCGUCAGUGGCCGACUCCCACUCCAGCCACUUCUCCGAGUUCAGCGGCUCCGACCUGGAGAGCAUGAAGACGUCCUGCAGCCAUGGGUCAGGUGGAGGCGACUACCACACGCGCUUCGCCACCGUCAGCCCCUUACCCGAAGUGGAGAACGACCGGCUGGAGACCUGCCCGGCGUCCUCCUCCUCUCCACAGGGACAAGGAGCCCUGGUCACCCCACACUCCCCCACCUCCUCCCUGGGCCUGGGAGCAGAGCUCUCCCCCCUCUGCUUCAUCACUGAGGAGAAUGUCAACCUGGUGUGCCCCGCUGAGCUGGACUCUCACAGCUACACUGGCCAGCUGCUGAAGGAAUCCAACAACAACACUGACCACCAAGCGGCCCAGGCCCCCCACAGCCAGCAGCAGCUGAAGAACUCCUGUAUACAGACAGACAUCUGACACCCUCAACCUCAAGUGCUGCACAGGACUUCCACCACUUACAGCUCCUCCAUGAGAGGUCCAGCUUUGCGGUAGUGUGUUGCUGCUGACCAUCCCUGCAGGCUGAGAUCAAACCACUGUGCCACUUGGGUUUCAUUUUGGCUCUUGAACGUGGCUGCGCCGCCCUGCUGGCACAUCCAUGUUUUCCAGAGGCAAAGGUUAACAGGGACCAGCCAGUUUUUAGUACAUAUCCCGUCUUUUCACCUCCAACCGCUCCUCACAGAAGAACCACCCUUCUGUAUUUACUAUUGCUUUCCCAUUGAAACCCUAUAUUAUUUUUUUAGAGCCCCCAAACGAUUUUGGCACUGAACUGGAUUGUUUUUUUGAUAAGCAUGUAGACUAUAUUGUGGCCUCUCAGUGGGGAGGCGAUGCUCCGCAGCAACCACUGAGUUUGGAGUCGUAGCCUCAAAGCCUUCAGAGGGCGUGGGUGCUGAGAUAUUUUACCAAUCGUGGGGGAGGGAGGGUGAGAACUGGUCUCUGGAAGGCCGUGGCUGUGGAGAUUACUCUGAAAGUCCUUAUUAUUGGUCAAUUCUGUGACAUUGUCGAAAGGAAAUGUUUGGUCCUGUUGAAGGCCGGUGGUUUCACUGAGCAGGAGAGGACUUUGAUCUUUUUGUUUACUCAUGGUGCCUUUAAGAAGCUGUUCUGUUUGCGUCUCUCUCUCUCUCUUUCUCUCUCCACUGUGUCUUCAAGCUCGUCUCGAUCGCAGAGCGGGGCACGGGCUCAUGCAUCUACCCACAGCAGACUGAGACUCUUGGUAAAUGAAGACUUCUCAAUUGCCUACCAAAGACAGCACUCAGGCUCUUGUUAGAUCUUAUACCACUCGUCUGUCACCUGUAGACACAGUGCGUCACCACAGCAGGGAGGGGUCACAACCCGGGAUCAUACUCAUGUACACGGCUAUUACUCACACAGCUCAGAAUCAGCCAACGCCCGCCAGCGGCUGAAGACACCUGCACUGUCUCAUGCGUUCUAACAUGGGGAGAGCCGGCUGAAUGGCUCUCUCUCCCCCUGCUGGACAGUCACUUGGUGGAUGGGUCAGACUGAGGGGAGGCUGCCUCUCAGCAGCCCACCUGCCAUCAGGUUGAAUCCGAUGCAGUUUGAGAAUUCUUGUGAAUGAUGCGGCGGCCAUUUUGGUUAUUCUUCUUCCCCGUUUCUCAUUAAUCACCAAAAUGUCUAAAUCCAGAUUUUUAACACUAGUGCCAGAUACAAUUGCAGAAUGGCAUAUGGUAUUUGUAUAUUUGUUUGGUAAUUUGCUUUAAUGUAUGCGUAUAAAUGCAUAUCGGAAAAUAAAAAAAAAAUCAGAGCACUGUUGGUUCCCUUCUUACCACA